AUAACGUAUCAACUAUCAGUUGUAUUCGGUGUGACUAUCACGCUGGUUGUGUAAUAUGUAUAAUAGACAAUAUAAACAAGCUAUAUCAAAUUAAAAUUCAUAUACUAUCCUCAGUAACCACAAUGCUAUUGAAAUUAUACAAAAUGGACUUAAGUCCCCCUGCGGGUGCUGCUUUGAUGAUUUGCGAAAUUCACAAAAUACCAGUUGAGAUGAUUGAUGUGGAUCUUAUAAAACAAGAAAACUUGAAACCUGAAUACCAGGAGAAAAACCCUUUACACACGAUACCUUUGCUAGAAGACGAUGAUCUAAUCAUACAUGACAGCCAUGCGAUUCUAACUUACUUAACAGAUAAAUACGGUAAGGACGAGUCACUUUACCCCAAGGAUCUAAAGAAAAGAGCACAAGUUGACCAAAAACUAUUUUUUGACACAUUGCUUUUUCAUCGUUUCCGCUCUAUAACUUAUUCUGCUAUCUUUGAAGGCCUCAGGAAACCGACAGAAAAACAGUUAAAAGACUUGGACGAAGCAUAUAGCUUUUUAGAUGCUUUUCUAUCAAAAACGAAAUUUAUAGCGGGAGACAAUAUGACUAUCGCCGAUGUUUCGAUUCUUGCUUCAGUCGCCGCAAUACGGCAUAUCAUCCCAAUAGACGGCAACAAAUAUCCCCAUGUUCAGUCUUGGUUUACACAUAUGAGUAAUCAAUCUUUCUUCAAAAAUUGUGCCGAACCGGGUUCAAUUACAUUAGGAGAAAUUCUCAAAGCCCGUUUGGAUCUUAUGCCGUUGAAACUGUAUAAAAUGGACAUAAGUCCUCCCGUGUGUGCUGCAUUGAUGAUAUGCGACAUCCACAAUGUUCCAGUGGAAAAAAUAGAUGUAAAUUUUUUAAAAUUGGAACAAUUUAAGCCGGAUUAUGUGAAGAAAAACCCUAUUCAUACAGUUCCUCUAUUAGAAGACGAUGAUUUGAGCAUACAUGACAGUCACGUAAUUCUAACGUACUUAACCGAGAAAUAUGGUAAAGACGAAUCUUUAUAUCCUAAAGAUUUGAAGAAAAGAGCUCAAGUUGAUCAAAAAUUAUUUCUUGAUACUCUGAUUUUCUUCCGUAUGCGUGCUAUAACCACUCCUGCUUUCUUCGAAGGAGCAAGAAAACCGACGGAGAAACAGCUAAAAGAUUUAGAAGAGGCAUAUAAAUUUUUGGAGGCGUUUCUAUCAAAAACGAAGUUUGUGGCUGGCGACAAUAUGACCAUAGCGGAUAUUUCGCUUCUCGCAACAUUUAAUGCAGUGCGUUAUAUUAUUCCAAUGGAUUUCACAAAAUACCCAAAAGUUCAUGACUGGUUUUCUCAUAUGAAAAGUCAAUCAUUCUACAAAAAAAUCAUAGAACCGGUGACAGCUGAACUCGAAAAAAUUGUAAAAGAAAUUUUGGAUCUUUAAAUAUUAUGACAUUUUUGUAAUACAAUAAAUAUUUUAAAAAUA